AUGGAGGACAGCGCUAGGAAGAAGCCAUCCAAAGCGAACCACCAAAUAAGACUAGCGGAGGUGCACGAACUGAAGGCACUUGCGAUUGAGGAGUACCAGGAAUACCUGAACUUGGUGAGAAAUGCCGAAUUGCAGCAGCAAAAGUUGCAGCAAAACUGGGACAAGUUUCACCUCUUCUACGAGCAAAAUGGGUUGGCCACGUUUGCAUAUAACGCGCGAAAGAAGAAGCAUCAGGACAAGGCAAAUAAAAAAAACCAAAAGGAUGAAAAAAAAGAAAAAAAAAAAAAAACUCCCCCCGAAUAUUCCUCCACUCGGUGCGCAUAUUACGAGACUUACCAAUCCAUCGAAGACGACUUAAAAAUAAUUAAACGGAGAGAAAGAAAAAGCAGCUGCUACCAUUUCAAGGCAAAUAACAACAACGACAAUAGCAAAAAUUUCAUCCUACACAUUUUAAAAGAUAUUCCUCUCGCAGUGGAAUUGUACAUAAACAUUAAAAUCGAGGCAAUCAAUAAAAUAAAAAAUAAUGUACUCACAAAUAUGGACAAUUUUUGCAAAACCAGAAUGGACAAAAUUAUUCUCCUCAUUCUCCUGUGUGAAGUCAAAUUAAACAAUCUUUACAUUCGCCAAAAGGAUGUUAGCCAUUCAGAAAAUAACGCAGAUAUUAUCUUAACAGGAAAUAUAAUUCGCCUAUGCCAUAGCGUUAUAGAAGAGGUCACCAGAAAGUUAAUUCCUUUUUUUUUUUCCUUCAACAUAUUUUCCCCCCCCGAUUAUUUUAAUUACCGCUUUGAGCACUUCCAUGCGAUUGUAGAAGGUAUCGUGCCCAUUGGUUGA